AUCGCCCAAGCAUAGCGAGGCGACGUGGACACGCUGCCUUGGUAGGAGGGUGGUGAGGGUGGACGGAGUCUUUCGUGGAGCCACGGGGCGUCCACCACUACUCCACCCAUUCGAACUCGCCCCCAAGGGUCGAUCGUUGCCGAUUGCUUUUUGAAAGGAGGCCGCCGCCGCCGCCGUCGUCCCAGCGACUCUUCGUCCUUCGCUGAUCCACUCGCAAAACAUGGACGCCUCGGGUCGCCACCACGGCAGCGGCGGUCGUGGAAGGAGCUCGCGUGAGCACCUGUAGGCACGAUCUGACUGGCGCAGCAUGCAGGGGCUGACCUUGCAGCAAUAAAAAGGCAGCCCCUGUGGUUCUGGGUCUCGUCAGAGCACCUCAACCCGGAAUCUAGACAAGACCUCCUCCUCCUUGCAGCCAACCAUGAGCUGGUUCAACACGUCACACCUGUCCAGCUUUGCCAAGCAGGCGCUGUCCACGGCCCAGAAAUCCAUCGACCGCGUGCUCGACAUCAAGGAGGACGGACUUUCGUGGGACGGCGGCAACGCUCCCAACCUCCUGCUGGACGGUCCGGGGAGCGUGAUUGGGUCCGGGGGCGAGGCAUGGGGCAGCUCCUCCGAGUGGGGCACGGCACCGCACUCGGAGGAAGCCGACGACCUCUCCCCCGCCAUCACCACGCCCGUGUCGCGCACCCUGAACGAAGACACGGACAGCUUCUUCAGCGCAUUUCUCACGGGAGAGCAGGACACGUCCUCGCCCAGGCCUGGAGGCAACAGAGUGAAGGAGAAGGACGGGAUGCCCAGCGCUGAUGAGAAAAAGUCAGAAGAGCCGAAAGUGGCGCAGAGAGGGAUGCAGCUCGGGAGGAAAUUUGGCAGCAAGGUGCACAAGUCUGCAGCCAGCGAGCCAAGCCAGCAGCCAGUGUCAGGACCGGACACUGCAUCCCAGGCGAGUUCCUUGGAACGGAAGCCAUCCACAGAAUCGCCCGGCGAGGCAGACAGCGGCCUGCCGAGUGAUGAACGCACGGAUGGCUCGGAGAGCAAGAACUUUGGAGAUUUACAGAGCUCGUGGCAGAUGCCCGACACGGACAUGAGCGUCGGUGAGCAAGGUGAAGAAGAAGACGAGGAUGAUACACAGCAGCAAAGUGACGAGUUGGAUGGUAAAGUAGAAGACACGGACAGCUCGUCGAUUAGCAUGGUUCUAGCAGCUGCAGCGGAAGAAUCAACGGAGAUUGUAGAUGAGUGCUCCUACAAUACUGGUGCCACGGCAGAGGAGACAUCGGAUGUGAAGGCACCGCUGAUGGAUGGUGGCAGCGAGGACCGGCAGAGCAAGACUCCGUCACCUCCGGCAGGGCCGCUUUCUUCCGGAACGUCGAGUACGAGUGACAUCGAGGUGCUGGACCAUGAGAGCGUGAAGAGCGAAAACUCGGCGAGCUCACGUGCUGACCACAAGGCCGCGCUCUCCCCGCUCGUUCAGGUGCAGUCCUUCCUGCCGGCACCUGGUGACGAUGACCAGCGCUUGUACGAGAGUGGCAGCUCCUCCACCGACGGCUUCGAGAGGAUCGACUCGGUGAGCGUGCGCUCGCUGGACAGCCGCAGCAUCAGCGAGGUCAACUCGGACGACGAGGUCGGAGGAUCGCGCUUCGCACAGACCCAGCCAGCCUCCUACGACCAUCAGCAGCAGGAGCCGCCGCAGCACGAGGAGCAGCAAUCCGCCGUGGCAGAUUGCGACCGUGUGCCAUUUGAAGGCUGCGUGCCUGCUGACGAGGAUGUUGUGCCGGCUGAAGGCAAGUCCAGUGAGGACGCCUUGGAAGUGUCUGGCUUCAGCCAGCACGACGUGGACAGUGUGGAGGAGAUGGAGCGGAGUACCACGCCGGUGUAUGAGGAGCAGGCGGUCGCUUCAGACACGCAGGCCCUUGGCGAAACUCUGGACCCCACCGCACCAAAACUAGAGGGCGAGGAGGCCGCCUUGGUGAUGUCCGACGUACGGUUGGAUUGCGACGCGGCUGGUGCUGCCCACGAUGCCGCUGCAGCUGCCCUCGCGGCGGAGGAGGCGGCGGCGGCGCCUCAGGAGCAGGCGCAGGUUGUCACGCAGAACAAGCGGACGCCCAGAGGGCUGGAACACCUCUCCCUCGGAUAUGAAAAAAUGGAACUUCAAAAGAUCAUCGACGAGUUGACGCAGAAGCUGGAGCAGCGGGAGGGUCAACUGCUUACCGUUAGCAAAGAGAGGGCUGUGCUGGAAGAGGCGCAGGAUAACCUCCAGGACGAGCUGACCCGACUGCGGGACGAGAGCAGCACAGUGGUGUCGCUGCGCGAGGAGUUCACGCAGCGGAUCGCUGACGCCGAGAGGAAGGCUCAGGCGGCCUGCAAGGAGAGAGACGCCACCAAGAAGGAACUGAAGCUGGUCAAGCAGGAUCUGGCCACACGCUUGAACUCCAACGAAACGGCAGAGCUACUGAGACAGAAGGACGAGCAGGUUAAGGGCCUUCUGGAUGAAGGCGAGAAGCUCUCCAAGCAGCAGCUGCAGACCUCCACCAUCAUCAAGAAGCUGCGCGCCAAGGAGAAGGAGAACGAGGGGCUGCUGUCCAAGCACAGCCGACGCACCCGCGAGCUGGAGGGGGAGCUGCAGCAACUACAGCAGGUGCUGGACGGCAAGGAGGAGGUGGAGAAGCAGCACAGGGACAACAUCAGGAAGCUGAACGCGGUGGUGGAGCGGCAGGAAAAGGAGACGGCGCGCCUGCAGGCCGAGCUGCUCGCGCUGCAGGAGAACAACCGCACGCUCCAGGCUGCAUACGACAACGCCUACAAGGAGCUGACAGAGCUGCACCGCGCCAAUGCGUCGCGCGAAAGCGAAGCCCAGGAGGCCGUGCUGAGCCGCGAGGUGCAGGCGCACGAGCAGAUGCGCCUUGCCCUCGAGCAGCAGCAGGAGGAGGCCAUCCAGCAACACGAGGCGCUGUCCAUGCAGGUGACGGACUUGAGAUUGGCCCUGCAGAGAGCAGAACAACAGCAGGCGAGAAAAGAAGACUACUUCAGACAGGAGCUCAGCGAGAUGCAACAGAGGCUGCAGGAGGCGGAGGGCCGCAACCAGGAGCUGAGCCACGGCGUCUCGACCGCCACGCGCCCGCUUCUGCGGCAGAUCGAGAAUCUGCAGGGCACGCUGAGCGCGCAGUCGGCCUCCUGGGAGAAGCUCGAGAGAAGCUUGUCUGACCGAUUGGCCGAGUCUCAGAUGCAGCAGGCGACGGCCGUGCAGCGUGAGCGCGCAGCCCAGGAGUCGCUCAUGCAGCAGAGCGCACAGCUGUCGGCGCUGGAGUCGCAGAGCGCCAUCCUCCGGCAGGAGCGCGGCCGCCUGCACGGGCAGCUGGACAUGGAGAAGCAGCGGCAGCAUGAGUUGCAGGAGCAGCAGUCAAGAAGCUUGGUGGAACUUGAGACGCUGCGGGAAGAGCACCUGAAGACCUUGGAGGAAGCCAGAAAAGAUAAGACGCUGUUGCUGAGCCAGCUGGAGGUGGAGCGAGCGAAGGUGGACGCGGAAAAGAAGAGGGCGCUGAUCGCUCAGGAAGCCCUCAAGGAGAAGGAACGAAAAGGGUCCCGGGCACAGUCUCUUGAAGGGAUUUCGGUUGUGUUAAGUCACUCAAGCUCCAGCUCAGUCGGCCUCAACGAGAGUGUCAGUGGAACGUCGGCCAGUGCUGUAACGCAGGAGGAAUCGAUCGAGCAGGCGCUGAUGGGUCCUGGAAACGUGUACGAAGCUCUGCGACUGAACGCUGGCUCCAGCGUCAUCGAGAGCCUGCAGUCGCAACUCAAGCAGCGCGAAGGGGAGAUCGCACAGCUCCAGACGGAGAUCGGCAAGCUGGAGCGCACGCGCAUGCUAAUGACGGAGGAGCUCGUGAAGCUGAGCACGCAGAAUGAGGAGCUGCAGGAGAGCGCGGAAGAGGUGCCCAAGCUGAAGGGUCAGCUGAAGGACCUGGAGCAGCGGUACAACACGAUGCUGCAGAUGUAUGGCGAGAAGGCGGAGGAGGCCGAAGAGCUUCGUCUGGACCUGCAGGACAUCAAGAACAUGUACAAGGCUCAGAUUGAGGAGCUGCUGCGACAGAGACCCACGUAGUGCAGGACAUAUCUUGCUGCCGCACACUGGGACAUGUCAGCCUCCUCAACUCCGCCUGCCCUUACUCCCCAUCCCAUGGUGUCUCCUUUUUGGGUGGCCGUGGGAUGAAGAUGUCCAAAAAUACAUUUUUGGAACUUCACCCAAGAGUGACGCGAAUCUAUACUAAUUAUUUGUUGCGGUCAUCAAAGUGACCGCUAACCAGUUAUGGAUCGUACCAUGUUGAGUUUGCCAUUUUAAGUCCAGCCUUCCUCGACAACCCAGAUAAAUCUUUUUUGUCAAAUUCCUUCCCAAUGAAUGUUUUGUUGUUAAUACUGUAGGAUGGUAUCAAUAUGUUGUCAAUACAUCACCACCAGCCCUACUAUUGUCGCAUCUCCUAGUCACAGCUGAAUAUAUCAUCUCAAUACGGAGCUGUGGCUCAAGAUCCCCGUCUGGAGGUGGUUUUCUGGCAGUUCAGUGCUGGCAUGGAGUGUGAUGUCUGCUUUCUCAUCGCCGCCAUUGAUGCCAGAUGCCUCUACAAACAGCACGAGUGAACAUUUGCUCUGCGGCGCGGUAAUGCUCGUAGAUCCAUUGAAAUUUAAGAUCACAGCAUUUCUGCAAAACUCUGAGGCACCCCCAGAGGCAUCUGUUGUAUUGUUCUGUCAUUAACCCAUCAUGCAGGCCUGGAUUUGGAACUGUAUAUUCCAUUCUCUUUGGUUCUUUCAGGUAAAGUCACGCAGGUAUAAAAUAAAUAUAAAUUCCUUAUCAAAAAUGUAAUUAAAUCACGACGUUUCGGAAGCAACACAAGCUUCCGUCAUCAGGUGGGAAAACCACAGCAAGAAAUAAAUUACUGUAGUGGGCAAGAAGCUUGUGUUACUUCCGAAACGUGAUUUAAUUGUUUUUGUUUAUUAUUUAGAAUUUUUUAAAAAUGUUUAAUUUAUUUUAUUUUAUACCUGUGUGACUUUACCGAAAGAACCAAAGAGUAUGGAACAUUGCAGUCACGAAAACUUAAGAUCUAACCUGUAUAUUCCAUUGUUUGAACACAUACACGAUGGCGAGUGCUGUGUGUGAGAAACGCUUUUCCCACAAUCACAUUCCGUUUGCAACAGGGCAGGGCACAAGUAUUUUUUCCCACCAGCGUUCACGGUUAAAACGAGCUCAUGCCAAAAGUCUCUCCCAUGGCGUGAAAUCUGUGGUCACUCACGUCAUCGCAAGAAGCCGCAGACCUAUUUACAUCCGAUCGCUGUGGUACAGUCAUUCAUUGCUCCAGCAGACAUCAUCUUAAGCUGUGGCUGAAGCCCGAUUUUUGGAAGCCUUUUCACUCUUAUACAUCCUUUUCACAAAGCGGUCGGUGAUGUGCUCCAUUAUCACGUCUGCACAGACACUUUUGUCUAUUGUUUUUGUUCUGCUGGCACGUCCAUCGUUUGUAUGUGACCAGAUAUUUUUUUGUUGCUCUCAUGGUGAUGUAGAUUUAUUAUUGAUGCAUUAAAGCGUUAGGUAUUUUUUAUUAGCCCCCCCCCCCUCGUAAAUGCUAAGCUGGUGAAUGGGUUAUGUUUUUAACUGUCAUUGCACUUUUACGGAGAAGUUGAUCUUUUCAAAAGAGAUCAUGAUGGCGCGGUUAAUUCUAUAGCAAGGUUUUGCCGAGUGUUUCGCACGUUGUGUGUGGAACUCGAGCAUAUACAAGCGUCUGCUAUGUAUUAGGGUGUUUGGCCAUGGCUGUAAUAUUCUAGACGAUUCUGCGGUGCAUCCAGUCCAAGUGGGAUUUUUGGAGUGCCAAGGUCUUGUGUGGUCGUUUGGCAUUAAAAUGCAUUUCUCGAUCCACGAUUUUAUGUUUGACUUCAGAAGUGACUGUGUACGGUACUGUACAUAAGAGUGUGUAUGUAUGUGUAUAUAUAUAAAAUCUUGUUAACAUUUGCAGUUGCAUGUCGUGGUUAAUUUGCCAUUAAUAAACAAGGUCUCCUGUCCAAUCCUGACAAUAUAUAGUAUCUAAACAAGUUAUUUUGUGGACAAUGUUCUUCAAUGAGCAUUGUCUAUAGCUAAAUACACGUGCACACACACUUGUGAAUUACUUGAGCUACAUCUGACCUUAGCACUCCACAAAGCCCAUUUAAGAUGGAGGGUCCUGGGGUAGACUUUGUUGAUUCAAACUUAACAUAGCCUUGAUUUAUCACGAUAUACACGCAAUAUUAACCAUGUAUGCAAUUAGUUGAAGGAUACGGUAUAUGAAAGGAAACUCACGAAUGAACAACGUUGGUUAUUUAUGGGGAUAAGCAGUUGAAUAAAAUUCUUCAACUUGU